AUGUCAGAUAAACACCAAACACAAAAAGAAACUAUGUCGAAGAAAGAAGAAGAGCGAUUGAAAUUGGAACGUGAACGCUUAGAAUUAAAACGUGAGCUAAUAGAAAGAUUAACGUGUGGUGUAACAAAACAAAAUGUCAUUGAAAAUAAUAUUUGUUUGGGCUAUCCGUUAUUAAUCAAACGUGAUAGUUACGGUCGUUUAUGGCCUGAACUCAUUUUGGAACUUAUCUCCUAUGAUGCAUAUGUUGCAGAAAUACAGAAAUCGGGUGGACAAAAAUUAGAUUUUUAUGAACAUUCAAGAUUCCGUUCUGUUACAGGAAAGGAUUACAAUCAUUGGUUGCCUUUGUAUAUUAAUCCUAAACAUUUUCUACAGGGACGAAUAAUAAUUCAAAAUGGUAUUAGUGUUAUUUAUAAUGGUACUGCUAAGGGUAGUAAAAAAUAUGAUUUCGCUCCACAUAUGGCAUUGAGUGUGUUAACUACUUUAAUGAAUAAAUCAGCUGUCCGACUAUUUAAUGGUGAAAUGUUUGAAUCAAAACAAGCGAUAGAAGCUUAUUGCCAUCUUUUACGUUUAUUAAUGCAUUUUAUUGAUAUUUAUCCUGAAUUAGAACAUAAAAUUAAUAGAAGUGUGGCAGCUUUCAUAACAGGAUUACCUGGUCGUAAUAAAAAAGUAGUACCUGAUAUGGGCGAAUUUCUUAUACAAAUCGCAUUAUCGACAAAAUAUAAUUUUAAUGAUGUCAAAAGAUAUGUUUAUGAAGAAUGCUUUGCACGGCAAAUCUAUUGGAUUCAACGAGACAAUGCUAUUCAAAACUUACGGUUAGAUCGUUUAUAUGGGUUUCCACCAGCAGCUAUUGUAGAAAAAUUUCAACAACGCUUAAAAGUCAUUAAAUCAAUCGAUCGAUAUAGUGUGCUCAUUCAGGCCAUCCGACUGAAUGCUACGAUCAAAUCACCGGAAGAUAUGGUUUGUUUGAUAAAACGUUCUGUGGAUGUAUCAAAUCAACAAGGUUAUACCAGCAUAUUAUCAAUUGAGGAACAACAACGUCGAAGAUCGAACGAAGGAAGAUGGGAUGUACGCAGAUGA